AUGACUAGCAUUGCUGAGGCCCGUCUCCUGCGUCAGCAUAAGGGUCGGCUUGAGGCACGAAUGCAGAUGCUGGAGGAGCACAACCGUCAAUUGGAGAGUCAACUGUCGCGUCUGCGACGAUACCUUGCGACGACGUCAUCAAUUGGGCCCCAGACGACGUUGUCAACAUCGACAGGCCGUGUCGGCUCGGCAGGCUCCGCACGGACCGAGGAGCUGAUGGAACAGAUCCCAUUGCCAAUUGACGCAACUCGGCUAGUAAGAUAA